AUGUCGCUGGCUGAUUACGGAAACGGAAUUCUGCGAACACAUGUGACAUGGGAAGAAAUCGAGAAGAGAAUGCAAGAAUCGCUUGGAACGAAGGCGAAAUUCGGAGUGAAUAAAAAAGCGACAAGUAUUGGUGAUAUGAAGGGAUUCUGCUCGAUAAUUGCUUUGAUUGAGCCCGAAUGGGUCGAAAAAAAGGACCACGAAAAUCUGCCGGAAAAGUUUAUCUGCAAAAUCAGCAGCUUGCUGAGCUUCUACGAUAUGAAAGAAAUGAUAGCAUUGAAGGAUGAAGAUGGUUGGACGAGCGAGAAGUUUGAGAACAUGGCGCCAUUGUUAAGAGAUACCCAUAAUCGAGAAGUUUCGACAUAUUUGAUUUUGAUGCGAGAGUUCAACAAUGGCCGCACAAAUUUGCAAUUUCCCAAAGUUUAUGCGACUCGAAAAUUCGAUGACGAGAAUUUACUGCAAGGCUAUAUUUUAACAGAGUUCUUUCCGAACUUAUGCGAUGUUCCCAAUCAUGAAUGCAUUUCGAUAAAGGAAUUUGAGCCGGUUGUCAGAGCGAUUGCCUCAUUUUCAGCGAUGGGCGUGAAUCUAAGUGAUAGCGAUUUGAAAUUUUCCAAAGAUUUUCAAGUCGUCAAAGUGCUCUUCGAGCAAUUCUUUAAUAAUGAGGUAUUUAUUAUUUCCACUGCAAUGAAAUCCAAUUUCCCUCCGGAGUAUUUGGUAAAAAUUGACGAAUUUAUUCAAAUGUUCACAACGGAAUUCACAUCGCCGAAAUUUGUCGAGAAUUUGGCCAACGCUGCACAUCUUCUAAAUCAUCGCCCGGUUUUAUUGCACGGCGAUCUGUGCUCUUCGAACUGCUUAUUUUCCAGAGACCAACACGACACGCUAGAAUUCAAAGCUUUAAUCGAUUUUCAAUUGGCUUCUUUGGGCUCACCGGGUCAGGAUGCAGCUCGCCUGUUUGCCACAUGUCUCGGGAAAACCGAGCGCCGUCAGAAUAGGGACCAUCUUCUCAGAAUUUACUAUGAUCAAUUUGUGAACGACAUCGGGGAUCGCGAGAUUCCAUACACAUUUGAGCAGCUCGUCCAAUCAUAUGAGCUAUUCUUCCCGUCAAUGGCGUUCACAACAAUUCCGAGUUUUUUUUUUGACAAUCUGCGGACUUCAUUCACUGGCGUACCUGUACCGACAUGUCGUUGGUUUUACAACGGCAAUGAACUUCUCGAUGGACUCGAUGGCUACACAAUCAUCACAACUGAUGCCGAGUCGUCGUUGAUCAUCAAUUUUGUCGAGAAGAAACAUUUUGGUGAAUAUUUAUGCACAAUUCGCAACACGAACGGCGAAGAGCUCGCGAAUGCGAUGAUUCUAUCGGAAGGCUCAUCUGCUGCACUCCCUUCAAGAAGAACUACGAGUCGACGAUAG